AUGUCUCUCAAGGCAAUCGGACCCGCACCAGCACCACAAGUGCCAGAACAAGAACGCGAGCCAGGACGUGAAUUUGUGAAGGAGCACCAAAGACCAAGAGCCCACCUCGAGGAGAAGAAGAAAAAGCCCAAAGAGAAGAAGAAGAAGCCCAAAAAGAAGAAGAAGCAGAAGCAGAAGAAGAAGAAGCAGAAAAAAUGUUCUUCAAAGGGGAAAUCGACACCACCACCGCCAUCAUCGCCGCCGUCGUCACAGUUGUAG